AUGCUUGCAGCUGAGUUGGUUAGCAAGGAGACAGGUGACAGAAAGGAGACAGGAGGAGACAGAAGGGGACAGAAGGAUACAGAAGGAGACAGUGGAGAGACAGAAAGGAGACAGAAAAGGAGACAAAAGGAAACAGAAAAGGAGACAAAAGAAGACAGAAAAGGAGACAGGGGACAGAAGGAGACAAAAGGAGACAAAAGGAGACAGAAAAGGAGACAGAAGGAGACCCACCGAAGGACUCAAACAGCGAUACCACUUCCCCCCUGUAAUAUCUGGCUGCAGCAACAGCAACAGCAGCAGCAACAGCAGCAGCAGCAGCAAUAG